GGGGGAGCCCCUCUGUGGAGGUUCAGGAGCACGGUGGGACGGGGCUGGCUCAUCCUGUGUUCCUCAGCAUGGCCGUGGCUGCAGGCCAGCAGAGAGCAGCGUGCCAGCAAGGAGCAAGCCUGUCUGACCUGUUCCUCCAGGUUCAGGGGCCCAGCACGGGCUGCUGUUCCCAGCUGGAGCACCGGACACCCCAGGGGCUCAGGGCCCUGCAGCGGAGGGCAGGCAGCAGGGGAAGGGCGGCUGGCACAGCAGUGGCAGUGGGUGCUGAUGGGACCCAGGAACCCUGGCCCCAAACCAGCAGUGUGACACCCCCCACCCCAGCACCCAUUUUGGGGUCAGCUCAGUUUGGGUGCUGGACUGAGGAUGCUCAUCAGCCCUGGGGGCUCAUGGAGGUGCAGCACCGCUGGUGCUCGGUCUUACAUCACCCACCUGCAAUGGAUGCCCGGGCUGGAUCCUGGCACAGCGCAGCGCCGUGACCCCAGGAGGCUUCUCUUCCUUUGGUGGUUUCCCUGGAAGAUGGGCAGUGCAGGCUGGGGAGGGAGGCCAGGGAACACAGAGCUGUUGAGCCAGAACAGGAUGGAUCCUCCACAAGUUGUUCCCAGGAAAUUCCUGCCCUACAGAAACGCCCCUUUUUGUCCUCGGAGGUUGCAAAAGCCCGGGAGGAGCAGGCAGACACCCUGAGUGACCCAGCCGUGGGGCACAGGGGGGUCUCGGGGGGACCAUCCCCGGCCAGCACAAGGGGCCGGUCCUGCUGUUGGCCGAUUGGGCCAGCCCUGCCCUCCUGGAAGGAGCCUUUGAAAGCACCGGCAUUUCCUCCAAGCGCUCUCCGGGGAAAGUCCCGGGUGCCGUUCCCGGGCCGGGGCUGUCUCACCGCCCGCUGCUCCAUAAAACCGGGCAGCGGCGGCGGGCGCGGGCACAGCGCGGGCACAGCGCGGGCACAGCGCGGGCACAGCGCGCCAUGGGCAACUGGCUGGUCAACCACUGGUUCUCAGCUGCCGUCCUCGCAGCCUGGCUGGGCAUCAACAUCUUCCUCUUCACCUACUACUUUCUGUUCUUUGACCGGGACGAGCGCUAUUUCUACACCAGGGCCAUCCUUGGGUCUGCCUUGGCAUGGGCUCGAGCAUCAGCCAAGUGCCUCAACUUCAACAGCAUGCUGAUCCUGCUGCCCGUCUGCCGCAACCUGCUCUCCUUCCUCCGUGGGACCUGCUCGUGCUGCAGGCGGACCUUGCGGAAGCAGCUGGACCACAACCUCACCUUCCACAAGCUGGUGGCCUACGCACUGGCCCUGCUCACAGCUGUGCACACCAUCGCCCACCUCUUCAACCUGGAGCGCUACAACCAGAGCCAACAAGCCACGGACGGCAGCCUCCCCGCUGUGCUGUCCAAGAUGCACCUGCAGGGCGGCGAGUGGCUGAACCCCAUCCACUCCAACCACACGACCGUCGAGUACGUGGCUUUCACCACCAUCCCGGGGCUCACGGGGGUGAUCAUCACGCUGGCACUCAUCCUCAUGGUCACGUCCUCCACCGAGUUCAUCCGCAGGAACUACUUUGAGCUCUUCUGGUACACACACCACCUGUUCCUCGUCUACUUCGCUGGCCUCGUUAUCCACGGCAUCGCCGGGCUGGUGCGUGGGCAGACGGAGCAGAGCAUGGCAGAGGUGCACCCCUACGACUGCGCAGAGUACCUCACGCAGCGGGAGCACAACUGCACCCACAGCUGCUGCAAAGACCCCGAGUUCGGGAGCAUCCCUGCCGAGUCCUGGAAGUGGGUUCUGGCUCCCAUCAUCCUCUAUGUCUUUGAGCGGCUCCUGCGGGUCUGGCGUGCGCAGCAGAAGGUGGUUGUCAAAAAGGUGGUCAUGCACCCCGCCCGCGUGCUGGAGCUGCAGAUGCAGAAGAAGGGCUUCUGCAUGGAGGUGGGGCAGUACAUCUUUGUCAACUGCCCCGCCAUCUCUGCGCUGGAGUGGCACCCCUUCACCCUCACCUCUGCACCUGAGGAGGACUUCUUCUCCAUCCACAUCCGGGCAGCCGGCGACUGGACAGAGCGUCUCAUCAACACCUUCCAGCUGGAAACGCCCAGGGUCGAGGUGGACGGUCCCUUCGGCACAGCCAGUGAGGACGUGUUCCAGUACGAGGUGGCCAUGCUGGUUGGAGCGGGCAUCGGUGUCACCCCCUUCGCCUCCAUCCUCAAGUCCAUCUGGUACAAGUUCCAGCAGGGUGACCAGACCCUCAAGACCAAGAAGAUCUAUUUCUACUGGCUGUGCCGGGACACAGGAGCCUUUGCCUGGUUCAACGACCUGCUUGCCUCCCUGGAGCAGAAGAUGGCUGAGUCGGGCAAGGCUGACUUCCUCACCUACCGCCUCUUCCUCACUGGCUGGAACACCAGCAUUGCCAACAACGUGGCACUGCACUUUGACACCGCUACGGACACAGUGACGGGCCUCAGGCACAAAACCAUCUUCGGGCGGCCCAUGUGGAACACGGAGUUUGCAGCAGUGGCUGCAGCCCACCCCAGGUCAGUGGUGGGUGUGUUCCUCUGUGGGCCACAGGCCCUGGCAAAGAGCCUGCAGAAGUCUUGUCACCAACACUCCAGCCUGGACCCCAGGAAGGUCAAAUUCUAUUUCAACAAGGAAAACUUUUAAGCGGGCAGGGACCCUGACUGUACUGCCUCAAGCCUUUCCAAAGCAAGGCCAGGGAGAAGCAUCUGUGCAUGCACUGAAGCCAAGCUGGACACAGCAAGGUACUCCAUCUCCAUGAGAAAUUCCAGGUUCAAAGACUGCCUGUCCUGGUGUACAAGGGGCCUGUAGCUCCACCCAGCCCCUCACUGCAAAAGCAGAGCCACGUUCUGUGAUGCUGCUGGAGCAGCAGGAAGCCGUGGGAGCCCAGCAGGUUGGGCAGAACCACUGGAUGGGGAUGGGACAUGAGCGUCCCUGCAGGUGUCAGGGGCCAAACGUGCCCCUCAGGGUUUAAACACUCUUUUGUAUAAGAAUAAAUGAAACUUCCUUUUCUUUGUA